CCUCUGAUCGAGGGAUGGUCAGUAGUCUAUAGAUAUAAUGAUUACUCCCUUUGGAGCUCUUCUUUCAAGGAGUCUGAAUUCCAAGAUGGCGGACCUUCAAGAGAGGAAAAUCAAGGAUGCUCAGAUGAGAGCUACCAUCAACCAGAAGUUGGUUGAGACUGGCGAGAGAGACAGACUGAAGGAGUUGUUGCGGACUCGACUGAUCGAAUGUGGAUGGAGAGAGGAACUCAAACAGUACUGCAAGGAGAUUGUUCAGCAGAAGGGCCUGGAGCACAUCACCGUUGACGACCUGGUGGCAGAGAUCACACCUAAAGGCAGAGCUCUCGUCCCAGACAACGUGAAGAAGGAGCUUCUCCAGAGAAUCAGGACCUUCCUUGCCCAGCAAUGAGGCAGUCAGCAUCGGGACAAGGGAGAUAAUUCAUCCUAGCUGGUGGUCAUCACAUCAUACUUGAACAAAGUACAAAUCACACGUGGAGGUAGUCAGGCUGGCAUCUACCUGGCUAUGCUUGCUGGCUGCAUUAUAUCUCAUGGUCCGCCACCACCACCACUCACAGAUACUCAUGUGACUGUCUUAGAUGGCAGAUUUUUAACAUCACUGAUAUAUAUGUAACAGUAUUAUUUCCGGCACAUUUAUGUAAGUUUGCACCUGUUUUGAUGAGUAAGAUAUUACAUAUCAUAAUUUAUUUUCAGGAAAACACCAGCUGUCAUUUUGAAUCUGUCCAGAAUUUGUCAGUGUAUUAAUGUAAUGUUAUGCAGGGACAUUGUCAACACAAGACUUAGGUUGUAUCGAUCUCAGGUGUUGUCAGUGUCCAUCUUUGUCAUAAUGUCCUCAUUAUGUGGUUGCUAUGGAAUUAGCUGCUGAUGUUAUUACCAUGGUGACCUUUUUGCGAGCUUCCAUUAAUGGUGAAGUUAUUAUGAUAUUGAUAUUUGUGCACGUCUUCUGGUGUAACAUUAUUUCAGUGACUGUGUCCAGCAUUACCUUCAUAUAAAAACAAAGUGAUCUUUCAAUGCUGAUGAUAUUCAAGGAUUAUUAUAAUCUAUUGUUGAUGAUGAUCAAUAAUGAUUAUAAUCUAUGGCUAUGUAGUUGUUAGUGGUCCUACCUUUUGUAUUUUGCAAUUCCUGGUAAAAAUCAAAUUUGAGUUGGUUCAUUUUAGGGUAAGUCUGUUUCUUGAUCAUUCAUGCGACAGGAGGAACAUACAUGUAUAGGCUUUGAAGGCGUGGUCUGUGUGUCUCUUCUCUCCUCCAGUGUCUUUAGGCAGGACAGAUGUAGCUUGAUGAACAGGCUUAGAACUUCAUCAGCCUUCAUAAAUGCGUAUCUGCAUUGCCUUUGCUGCCCUUCCAAACUCUCGUCACCGUCAGCAAGUCUGCAAAUUGCAGGGUUGAGAAUCUUCCGCGGAUCAACAAAUUUCAGUGACCACAAAUUUGUUAAAAUCUGAUGGCUCCCCUCAUAAACACCCUAAAUUAUGGUUUCAGUUGAAAAGGAAAAUAGCCUUUCUCAUCCCUGUAAUUAACUCACAGUAGCUGAUGAGUUUCAGCAGGCAAUGCUAGAAAGCAUUGUAGAGUUCAGAGCCUGGUGCCUCUUUGAGGCCAGUCCACUAUACUCAAUAGGUAGGUUCACUAUACUCAAUAGGUACAGCAUGUUGUGCAGUAGUCUAUUCUUAGGAACUUCAGCUUUAAUGGUUGAUAUGUCAGUCUAACUAGGGUUACCACAGCUAUUAAUUUCUAUGCCUGUCAGUGUCAAAUGUAGACAUUCCAUUUAGUGCAUUGUUUUAUACUUCUGAACAAUAUGGCCAAAAUUUUGUAGUCAUCACUUACGGUGUGUUUCCUUGUCAGUACCGAAAUCAGUUUUAUAGGUUCCUGUACUGUAUACUGUUGCGAAUCUGUGCAAUGCCACAGUGACCUGCCUUUCUCACACGUGACUGUGUUUAUGACCUGUGUGUGUCUGAAGCCAAAGCUUAUUAAUGGCCAUGCAACACUUACAUCCAAAUACUAUAUUUAUGAUUAAAGCUAUCAAUACUUCAAA